CCGCGGUUGUCAGAGUUCAUUGCCUACGCUCUCCACCGCACACGCCUGCCGACCGUCGUCACCCAUCACGCCCUCUUUCUCCUCAAGCGGCUCAAGUCUCGCUUCCCAGCUGCUCGUGGAUCCUCGGGCCACCGCCUCUUCAUCUCCGCUUUGAUGCUGGCAAGCAAGGUAGAGUGCGAUGACACCUACUCCAACAAGAGCUGGACCAUCGUCGGUCAGGGCCUCUUCUCCCUUUCUGAGAUCAAUCAGAUGGAGCGCGAGCUCUUCGGCUACCUUGGCUUCCGCGUCAACGUUCAGAACGAGGAGCUGCAAGAA